AUGGAUGGACACAUUGUCGACGAAAGACCACAACUGCCCGCCUAUCUCCAGAAGUGUCUGGACCAGCUGCCAAAGACAAAGAGCUGUGAAAUCUCCCCAGGCUCUCCCUCCAGUGUAUCCCUGCAAUACAUCAAAGCCUUGCCUAGUCGACGACACCAAUAUGCGUCUCUGUUGCUGGCACGUCAUCAAUUGACGCAGCAACUAGGCGAGUGCCCGGGACCGGCCCCGGAGCUGAUCUUGCAGCGUGCCGUCAUCUACGAGGCUCUAGGAUGCAGUGAGCUUGCCCUGGCAGAUGCUUACGUCUCGUAUACGCUGUGCGAAGUGGCCCUGGAAGGACCCGAUAUCUCGGAUCUGGAGCCCGUCGAACCCAACGGUGAUCCAUGGCCGACAUCCGAAGAUUCUACGGUGGCGCUGGCCCACAAGUACCGUUCUCUCAUUCUCCUGUGCAGAUCGGCCCUCAUCCUAGGCUGUCAACAUCAAGCCAAGCUCUGGAUUGAUGACUUGCUGGCGCUGAAGCGCCAGUUGCAGACUGCCGAGGAGAAGGAGUCGACCAUGCCGCACGAGGCCGCCGUCGACGAGUUUUGCGACUUUUGGACAAUCUAUACUGCGGAUGCAACCCUCAAGAACAGCGUAUCCGAGUUGAGGAAGUGUCCCAAAUUUGCACUGUUCGGGCAAAGCCAGCGGCAGGUGUAUCCUUGGAACGAUCAUGAGCCCGACAGGAUGUCUAGAGAGGCUCUGGAUGAGAUCAACGGCAAGCUUCACGAGGCCGCCCCAGACUUGGAGGUGGAGAUCUCUGUUCUGCCCACUUUGUCGGCGGGCAAUGGGCCUAGUGGUCCUGAGGCAUCUUCUCAGCUCGGCCUUUACGCCAAAAGGGAUCUCGCAGCGGGCGAUACCAUUCUGGAAGAAAGGUCAGUCCUGACGGCGAUUCGGCCACAUGGCGAGGCACUUUGUGACGCCUGUGCAGCUGACAUGGAGACCAUUCCUUCUGGUGACCGACGCUAUUGCUCAGGCUGCAACAUCCCGUUCUGUUCGGAGGCGUGCUAUUCGCUUGCAAAACGCACAUACCAUGCUCCAAAUGAGGAGGCCGAGGAAACCGACGAGGGCUAUCCGCCGCCUCAGACGCCUUUCUGCCCUGGGACGAGUGGUAACGAAGAUAUCCAUGUCCUCGGCCGAGCCGAAAGCUCUACCACCCCCGAGUGGGAUCUGUACUUCCUGCUACUGUCUCGGACGAUGCAGAUGGCCGAGACUCAAGGGGUACAUCCGCUUGACCUUUUCGAGAUCAAGUACCUGUGGGGCGACGUUUCCCCUACACCGACUCUGGACCAGCUCCCUUCGCGGACUGGCCCCAAGACUUUGCCCUACAGUGUCCGCCAUCACGUUGAGCUGCCUCUUCAAUGGUUUGAGAUCCUGAUGCAUUCACGCGUCCGAUGUAGGCCUUACAGCAAACAGUGGCUCGAGAAGUACGACUGGUGGAUCAUCCAAACCUUGUAUGCCAAAUCCCGAGGAGUGGCCGAUGCUCAACAGUCGACGUGGACCGGGAAGCCCGAGGUGGCCGCCGUACAUCCUCUUUGGUGUCUGGCGAAUCAUAGCUGUAACCCGACUGUUACCUGGAAACCGUCGGGUGUGAGGAAUUUGACGGUGGUGACGGAGAAGGUGUGGCAGUCACCCUCUGCUGGCGAGAACGCAGUCCCGUGGACGGGCAUCAAGGCAGGAGAGGAAAUCUGGAAUCACUAUACAGACAUUCACGAGAAGGACGUUCGCGAGAGGAGAGCUAGACUACAAGCCGUGCUCGGCGGAGAUUGUAGGUGUGACCGAUGCACAGCGGAAGCGAGCCUCGACAGGUGA